GUAUUGGGUACUUCGAAUUAUUACAUGUAACAAUAGGAUUCGAUUCUUAGGGGAUGCUCCUUAUUUUAGAAAAAUAAAGAUAUAUAAAAAAUAUUUUAAGUUACUUCUGUUUUUAUACCAUUAAUCGUAUAAUUGUUUAUUGACAGUUUGUUGGUGAAAAAAAAAUGGCAUCCAAUUCUGGAUCUAAAUCUGACCACCAUGCUGGUGGUGAUCAACAGGAGAGGGAUAUUCUAUUAUCAUCUGUGGAAGCUAAACGCUAUGACUUAAUCAAUGAGAAAGGCGAUUACAACACGUUGACUAAAUCAAUCGCACAUGAUAUUACAAAGGAAUUAAUUGCCAGAGAAUCCGAGCACAACAUUGUUCAGAGUUCUGAACCAGCAACACAGUCUUCGUACACAUUAUCGACAAUAAUGAGCACAGGAGAUAGUUAUGACGAUGAUGGCAAAAUGAAAAGUGCGGAAUCUUCUGAUAGUGAAAUUCUUUUAAUUGACGAAGAUUCAGAUAUCCAAAAUAAAAAGCAUAGUGUUGGCGAUACAGUGAGCGAACUAUCAAGAGGACAAUAUGAGGAUUUUAGUAUUGAUGAAAAAUUGCCGGAAACCGUGACGUUAUUAAGAACAUCGGACGGAGGAAAAUUGUACUUAGUAGGGACAGCACAUUUCAGUGUUGAAAGUCAAAAUGAUGUGUCAAAGGUCAUACAAGCUGUACGACCUCACAUAGUUGUAGUCGAAUUAUGCAGAGCCAGAGUUGGUAUACUACAACUUGAUGAAGAAGUUAUGUUUCGUUAUGCCAAGGAUAUUGAUUUUAGAGUUAUGAUGGAUACCAUUAAGAAAGAAGGGCUUUAUAAUGGUUUAUUACAUAUUCUAUUGCUGAGAAUGGCGACACAUGUUGCCAAGCAGUUGGGUAUGCCACCCGGUGGUGAAUUCCGGAGGGCAUUUGAAGAGGCAAAAAAAGUGCCCAAUUGUAUCGUUCAUCUGGCCGAUCGACCAAUUAAUAUAACAAUGCAACGUGCGAUUCGAUCAUUAUCUUGGUGGCAGACUAUAAAACUGGGAUGGCAUCUGGCAACAAUGAAGGAUCCCAUUACUCAGGAGGAUGUCGAGCUUUGUAAACAACGAUCAAUGUUGGAUGAGAUGAUCGCCAGCAUGAAGGAACAAUUCCCUGUAUUGGGAGAAGUGCUCGUCAAAGAAAGAGAUAUUUAUUUGACGAACUCUCUGCAACUAGCCUGCUUGCCUCAUCGUACCGCCAAUCAUACUUUCGAACCGGCGCGAGUUGUAGGAAUCGUUGGCUUAGGACAUACACCUGGUAUUAUCGAGAAUUGGGGUAAAGUCAAGCCCACCGAUAUACCACCUAUCAUGAGAAUACCACCACCGUCGUUGUCAGGUAAAAUCCUAAAGCUGACCGUCAAGGCAUCCGUACUCGGUGCUGUAAUAUAUAUAAGUUACAAAAUCGUAACAGCAACGGUACCUACUGCUACUACCACUUUCCAAACUAUCAAGUCAUCGGUCGAGGGACUUUUAAAGAGUCUCUCGGACUUGCUUUUGGGCUUUUUUUAUUGACACAUGAUGAUUGCGGUAAGCAUGGAGGCAACUGCUUCCACUGACGAGUACGAACACAAUAUAACGGACGUUAUGUAUGUA